GCUGACAGUUGCCUAGUGACGAAAAACUAUCGAGUGCUGCAGAUUUCCUGCGUUUUCAAAACCUCAUCGCUGGCACUGAGCUAACUAGUGCGAAGUUUCCCCACACAGAUUUCUUAUCGUUGUCUCGUCCCCUGCAGCUCGAGUAUGGGGCGAAAUAAAACCGCUGUGCUUGCCGAGUGACGUUUCAGCGUUUCGGGUCGCGUUAUGAAGCCUUUUGAAGAAUGAUGAAUAAUUAUAUUUUCAUCAGGGUCGUCGGGAAGGGGAGCUACGGGGAGGUGAACUUGGUGAAACACAAAUCAGACCGAAAACAGUAUGUUAUCAAGAAGCUGAAUUUAAUCACCUCCUCCAAGCGGGAGCGGCGUUCUGCCGAGCAGGAGGCGCAGCUCCUGUCCCAGCUGCGACAUCCUAACAUUGUGACAUACAGGGAGUCAUGGGAAGGAGACGACUGCCAGCUGUACAUUGUGAUGGGUUUCUGUGAAGGUGGCGACCUGUAUCAUCGACUCAAACAGCAAAAGGGCGAGCUCUUACCUGAGAGGCAGGUGGUGGAGUGGUUUGUGCAGAUAGCCAUGGCCCUCCAGUACCUCCAUGAGAGGAACAUUCUUCACCGGGACCUUAAAACACAGAACAUCUUCCUGACAAAGACCAACAUCAUCAAAGUUGGGGACCUUGGCAUCGCACGAGUAUUGGAGAACCAGAAUGAUAUGGCCAGCACACUCAUAGGGACCCCUUACUACAUGAGUCCAGAGCUCUUCUCCAAUAAACCCUACAACCACAAGUCAGAUGUAUGGGCCCUGGGUUGCUGUGUGUAUGAAAUGUCCACCCUGAAACAUGCCUUCAAUGCCAAGGACAUGAACUCACUGGUCUAUCGCAUUGUAGAAGGAAAGCUGCCACAGAUGCCCAGUAGGUACGAUCCCCAGCUGGGAGAUCUAAUCAAGAGCAUGCUGUGUAAGAGACCCGAAGACAGGCCUGAUGUCAAACUUAUCCUCCGGCAGCCCUACAUCAAACGACAAAUCGCCAUGUUCCUUGAGGCCACUAAAGAAAAAACUGCCAAGUCAAGAAAGAAAGCUGUGGGUGGCAGUGGUGAUUAUAAGGCUAACAGGGCAUCGUCUGUGGCAUCAUCUCAGCCAAAACCUGAAAGGAGUCCCCAGUCUGAACCUCUAGCCAGAAUGAAACGGAAAGAAGAGAAAUCUCAACCGCAAAAGGUUUGGAAUGGCAUCAUUGAAUCCACUCCAGUCCAAACACCUCCGCUAUACAAACCCUCCUCUCCUGAUGCUCUCAAAGCCAGCCUCGUGUCCCUGGCAACCAUCAGCAACAUUAAUAUUGAUAUUCAAGGGCAGCAGGAUGAGGACCUACUGAAGAAACAGGUGCAGGGGCCUCAGUCAGUUGUGUCACAGCACCAGGCAGGUAAUGAACCUGUGACUCACAGUGUGUACAAAGACAACAGGGGACGAGGGAAACCAGAUCCCUCGCCCCCUCCUUCCCCUGUUAAGUCCUCUCUGAAGCCUGUAUCAGGUGUUGUCAGUCGGGGAGCAGGCGAGAGGAGGGCAUCCAAUGGGUUGUUGGACAUCCACCAACAGGCCAGGCCAAACCCUCGGGAUACAUUUUCCAUUGUCCGUGGGGAGGAACAGAUGUCAGUGGUGGAUGAUAAGGAGGAUACCAUGGAGUUACUUAAAGAGGCUGACAUGCAGAACACAAACCUAGAAGUGGAGAGAAAGGCUGAUUUUUCCAUCCCUGAGAGGAAAACUGCACACAAAUCGAAUAAUGAAAAUAUCGGAGUGAGUUUGGAUGUGACUAUAGACAAUAAAGAUGACACGGUUACCCUUCUCAAGGGAGCUCCAACACAGCAACAUACCUCAGACAUCCAAGAAAACCUAGAAUCUACUGAAAAGCUGUUAGAGCCAUUCCCUCCAGCACUGGAGCCCGUUCUGGAGGAUUCUCCCUCACCAGCCAGUAAGCAGGGCCCUACCACUCCAUGCAUCCGUUCAUCAGAGCCAUCUGUAUCACAGCAGCACAGCAAGAGGGACAUAAGACGGACACGUGGAGAUCAGGACAAGUCCAAGGUAGCCACUUCUAGACCUUUACCUCCUCCUCCGGUUGAGAGCAUUGCUGUGGAGGGGAAGAAGAGGAGCAGGAGGAGCACAGAGAGCAAGAGGGCGGAUGUAGCUGCAACCUCCACAUCAGUUAGUUCCCGUAAUGACGGACUCUUACCACUGCCACAGGAUCGGCCUUUGUCCGCCAGAGAGAGGAGAAGACUGAGGCAGUCCCAGGAGUGUGCCAGCCAGCCAGGUGUUAAUGUUGUGAGAAGGGCAUCUUAUGAUGUCACAUCCGCCACAGAUGAGCACUACAGUGUCCCGGUUACCAGAUCUGUAUCAGAAAAUAUUACUGAGACCCACAGUAAGCAGGAUAAGCUGCCGGAGCGUAGGUCAGAUGAAGAUGAGUACAACUCAUCCACAAGUUCCACAGAGCGUUCAGAGGGAGACAGCAGAGAAAGGAAGACAGAAUCCAGUGACAUGCAGGAUUUAGUCCAUAUGAUGACCCAAACUUUAAGAAUGGAGAUUGGAGAUGGUGUGUGUGAGGUGGACAGAAGCAGAUUUGGCUCUACUGCACUGCCAGAAUUUAAAUUGAACAGGAGGUACAGGGACACUCUGGUGCUUCAUGGGAAGGCUCGGGAGGAAGCAGAGAGCCUGUCACUUGGUGAAAUACCAGCAGGCUCCACUUCUGGUCCAGCCAAGAUAAAGAGAGCCAUAGAACAGCUGAGGACUGAUGUGGUGAAGGGCCUGGGGGUGAAGAUGCUGGACAGAGUGCUGGAAAUCAUGGAGGAGGAGGAUGAAACCAAACGAGAACUGUGCCUUCGUGACCAGAUGGGAGAAGAAAAGUACUAUGCUUAUGCUGUGAUGGUGAGGCAGCUGAAAUUCUUUGAGGAUAUUGCCUUCCAGGUUUAGAGAAAAUGCUGUAUAUAAGGGAGUAUAUUUGCAUUUCCAUGACAUCACUUUUGAGAACUUAAAGACGCAAGCAUCUUGACGGAUCUCGUGGAGCAGGAAGCUUAGUCUUGAGAAGAAAUGCUUGUUUUUAAGUAGACAUUAUUGUCUGUGAAUGUACUUUCUGUCAAAUCCCACUUGUGUGGCAUUGCCACUUUCACCCUCAUAAUUGCACACAAACUAUAAUUUAUGCAUCCAGGUUUUGUCAUGGAAUUGCAAUUAUACGGUUCCGCAUGCCAUUUUGUAAAUUGUGUAAAAUAUUUUUUUUGUACCUCAUUCAUCAAAAAUAGAAUCUGUAAUUACUCCUGUAAUCAGGAUAGCUAUGCAAAGAUUUUUUUGUCAUGUUAAAGCACUCCAUGUCUUUAUUUUCUGUAGUGGAUGUUCAUGUUUAUUUAUAAUGGACAGAAUUUCAAUAAUUGUUUUACAUAUGCUGUAUCUGUGAAGACACUAGAUCUCAAUACUGCUGUGUUGUAAUUUCUUUAACACAAAAUAAUGUAAUGUAGAAUAACGCAUUGCAGAUAAUUACUUUUGAAUUGUUUCUAAUAAAUUUUACAUGUAUUUUUUGUUGAAA